UGCCAUUCACCUUUCUUCGCAGCCAUGCUCCGGGACCAGUUUGCAGAGAACGCCAUGAACAUGGCAAUAGCCUUACCAGAAGAAGAGCCCGAAAUCUUGUCCUGCGUGCUCGAAUUCCUCUACAAGGGUGACUACUUCCCCCGUCUGCUCCGCAGCAGGGACAGCAACACCUGGGAACUCGAGCGCGCUCACCCAGACGGUUCUGAAUCUGGAUCUAGCGAAGCCACCAUCUACCUGUCCGACACCGCCGGCCUCGUCCUCCGGGACACGGCGGUGUACUGCGCCGCGGAGAAGUACGGCCUGGAGGGACUGAAGCGGCUCGCGCUGCGCAAGCAGGGCCUCCAGAGCGGCAUCCCAAUCGACGUGAUCCUGCGGUCUGCGCGGUACGCCUACGACAACACGCCGGACUCGGAGUAUCGGCUUCGCGCUCACUACCUGGCCAUGAUCAUUCGCACUCGGCAUAUCUUCAAGAGUAGCGGGACCAUGCAGCUGGAGAUGGAGUUGGGGCACUCAUUCUUUUUUGAUCUCUUUGUGGCGAUGUGUAAUCAUAUGGAUGAUCUUGAGAUGAGCGCCAACUCAUCUAAGAUGACCUAGACACGAUCUUCACUUCGCCACAGACCAAACAAGAAAAGAAGAAAAAAAAAUCCCAGACAUCAGAUUGCCAUACCACAAAACGUCUGGCUUCGUCUGCUUGCCCUACCCAGAAAACCAAAACUACAAAAAAAGGACAAAACACAACAAA